AAAUGUGGGCGAUGACGACGAAAAGGCUGGGAAACGGGAAGACAAAGAUGCUUGCGAAUGUCAGCAUGGCGGUGGGUGUGUGAAUAAAGUGUGCUUAUGCCCGCUGGGAUACGCUGGGGACAAAUGCGAAAUAACGCUUGAUUUGAAGGUGCCGCGGUUCAACGGUUCAUCGUAUCUCCGUUUGCCCGGGCUGGGCAACUCGGCGCUGUUCUGGCUCGAUGUGCAGAUGACGCUAAAACCUACGAACGGGGAUGGUCUAUUGCUGUACAGUUCGGAGCACGCCAACGGUGAAGGCGACUUUUUCUCGUUGCACCUUCGCGACUAUUUCCUGGAGUUCGCCUUCGACCUUGGAUCUGGAGUGGCCAUCGUUAGGUCGUCGCAUCAAUUGCGCCCGAAUACGUGGUACAGCGUGUCGGUAAGCAGGUGGGAUCGGCGCGCGACGUUGCGCGUGCGCACGCAGCAGGCUGGAGGUGACGGUGGCGGCGCGUGGUGGUGGUCGCGCACGUGGUCCCGCGGCGCGGCGCGGUCGCUGUCGCUGCGCCAGCCCGUGCUGCUGGGCGGCGCGCCGCGCCCGCUGCCGCCGCGCCUCGCGCUACACUCCUCCUUCAGCGGCUGCAUCGGACAGUUGGUGAUAAAUGACGAGGAGCUGUCGGUGGUGUCGUCGGCGCUGGGCGGCCUCAACGUGGACAACUGCGCCGAGCCUGCUAACCACUCCUGCGACGGCAACUUGUGCAAAGAAAGCAUCCAACCAUUCCCGGAAUACGCGCAAAAUUUAACCGAAAACGACGUCCAUCACUCGAUAGUAGCGAAAAAGGGUAUAAAAAGUAAAUACCACAAGAAAAUGAAGAAGCAUGCGCACGCGCACACACGCACCGAGAGAAAGAAAUUUAAGUACCAACAUCACAACGAAGUGAAUGCGAGAGGCACAGACAGUCCGCACGGACGGACGCACAUGCAAAUGAUGUACGCCAACACGAACGAGAUCAAUUGGGGCGAUACCAACACUUACCCCAGCUUCAGCGGGACCGACAGCUUCAUACACAUUGACGACGAUGAGACUGUCAAAAGGUUGGUGAGCUACUCGCUGGACAUCAACAUCCGUUUCCGCAGCGUGUCGCCGCACGGGCUGGUGGUGUGGAGCGGCCGCUCGGCGCGCGCGCCGCCCAACGACUUCCUCGCGCUCGCCGUCGAGCGCGGCGUGCUCGUGUUCAGAUACGACCUGGGCAGCGGCGAGGUAGUGAUCAUCGCGAACCACACGCGGGUAGACGACGGGCUGUGGCACCGCGCCCGCGCCACCAGGAACCGUCAGGCGGGCGUGCUGGAGGUGGACGGGCUCGGCUCCGUCGGCAAGGUCUCGCCUGGCAAGCACAAGCAGCUCAACACAGAGAACGGACUUUACAUUGGCGGUCUGCCAUCAAUAGAGCUCACCACGAUGGGUAAGUACAAGAGCGGGCUGGUGGGAUGCGUGUCGCAGAUAUCGCUGAGCGGCGACUUCGACAUCCCCCUGUCGCUGUCCAAGCUGCCCCACACCAUCACCAACAACGUCGGCCGCUGCACGCCCUGAACAACAAAUGAACCGCGCCCGUUCAUUCAAACCCAUCGCUACUGCGUUACAUUCAAAUGUAUCGCAAUCCGCUCGGUCACUGAAAUGAACCGCCGAGCGGUAACAGUUCAUGCGUAUCGUCAAGCGCGGCUCGAUACAAAUGAACGUUAGAUGUGUUUCCCUGUUUGUUUAUUAAUAAAUUUAAACUCAAUUUAUUGUUUUCGUGUUUCAAGUUUUUGGUAAUACAUGUCGUGUGUUGCCAAAAAAUUGUGAUGAGCAUAAUAGUUAAGUUGUGAGUGAGUCCGUACAAACAUAUCAGACGCGUCGGGUGACUGCGCUCGAGUGGCGCCGCGUGGCGACGGAGGGCGGCCGCCAUCUCUACACACUCGCAAUUUCGAGGUUUAGCGACGACCAAGCGGGAGAUGUCAAUGAACAAUGUUCAAUGUAUAGUGCAACGGUUACUCAACUUUUUCUAUACUAAUAGAAUUUCUACUGACGAGAGGUGAUUAACUCUCGACCCCAAAAUUAUGCUGGCCUUGGCACCGGAUAUACACAGGCUGAUCCCAGAACGGGACACACUUACGGGGACGACUGAGGCGGGUUUUAACACCUUGUGUACGGUGUACCACCAGGAAACUAUAAAGUAAUACCAAUUUCAAAUGAUAUUAAGCAUAAGCAAAUACCACAAAAGUUAUAUAACUUUGUAUUUGUUUACUCAUCAAUUUCCCGAAUAAUUCACUCGAAAUCUGUCAUAUCUCCAUUUUGCAAAAUCCACUUUAUAACCAAUGUCUUUUCCGCUUCUUUUACUAAUUAAAUGUUCGGUUAUAUUUAUGAUGUAAACACUAGAGUUCAUUGAUAUCCCGCGCCGGGUCCAUUAAAUAUUCUAGUCAAUUUAGCAUAAGAGGAACUGAAGUAAUACUCGAUUGUAUGUUUUUUCUGUUGAUCUGUCUCCUGUACAAUGGUGUAACGUUUCAAAGUGCUUUACUAUCUAGUAGAUACGAGAGGAUACCUAUUUGUAAUGUUAAACUAUAGACGUACGUGUGUUUUGCACAUAAUGACUAUAUCGGUUCUGUUUUACUUUAAAUGUGUAUACGCAGUGGCCAUGUUGUGGACUUUCGCAUUCGCUUUUGCGUCAGGUUAGAAUGCAUUUGCGAAAAUGUUAAAUUGUUUAUGUUUCGAAUGUCUUACUUUUGAAUUUUAAAUAUAGAACAAAAGAAAUAAUAAUGUUAAUUUAUACAAAAUUCUCAAAUUGUUGACAUUCCAAUUUUAAAUAUUUAAAAUGAAUUCGUUUUCGCAUACGCACUCGCACCCGUCCGCAACGUGGGCACAGCUCGGCGAACACGAAUUGUUACGUGAACGUGUUUUAUAUGAUAGCGGUGUAAGUACACGACACAUAGCGUUUGUAUACAGUGAGGUUUUACGAUGCGCUACUCCAGCCACUGGCGCGAGUAGCGCUAGCGUUUGAUACUACGAGCUUUUGUAACAGCGCCAUCUGUGAAACGUGGUCGGAAUUACAUAUAAUAUGUUGAUAGAAUAGUUGGAGGAAAAGGGCUUUUGUAACUAAUUUAAUAAUUACAGAAAUUGUUAGUUAUAAUUCAAAAAAAUAUCUGAUUCAGAUAUUAAUUAACAAGUUAGUGCAAUUAUAGUUAAUCAUAACAAAAUAUUAACGAUUAUGCAAAGAAUUUGGUAACCAUUAAAUAUAAAUAUGUUAAAAUUGACAAACAUUGACCAUAUUUGUAUUAUUAAUCCUAAACAAAGAAAGACAUAGUAAACUACGAAGGUAGAUAUCGAAUAGGUUUCAUAUUUAAAAGUUCUCGCCACGUUUCAUAGAUGGCGCUAUUUUGAUAAAUUUAAAAUUCCGAACGCCAUUUUGCUUUGCUUAUCCUUAACGAAUAGCACCCUUUUAGUAUAAUGUCAUAGAGUAUAUAAUAUAUCGAGUAGUUAUUUGAAAAAAUGCGCUUUCUAUGUUAUCAACACACGAUUCGAGUGUUUAUUGAAUAGAAUAUAGAAUUGAUACUUAUACCUAUAUUUUUCAUAUUAUCUCCCCUGAUAUGUUCUAUAAAUUUGUAUUAGUCAAAGGGCCCUAUUCCAUCUACGGGGCCUAAUUCGUCUUUUUCAAAUGGCAGGCAUUCUAAGCGAAAGAUGGCCUUCAUAGCCGUGUAGGGCAAUAGGGGGUUUUUGACCCUUUUAUCUAUACGGCUAUGAAAGCUGUUCGUCGAUUAAAUUUCCCGUAAUUCCAAAAAGACGAUUUGUCCGGUAGACGGAAUAUGACUUAUUUAUUUAUGUAUAAAGUUUCCGAUUAAUAUAUAUUAUAACAUAAUGUCCGAUUGCAAUAUACUGAAACUGGACCAGUUGUGAAUAAGUUUAUUUGACAUGCUUCAUAACUUACUCUGAUUGGUUCGUUCUUACCUUGCUUUGAAUAGAUCAAAUCGUUAACUCAAAAGGGUAGUAAGAGAAAGUCGGAUAAUAAAUUCAGUUGUGUCCUUAAUUCAACUUUUAAAAAACAUAAAAAACAAUUAGAAGUUAUUUAUCUCAUACUGACAUGCACUGUCAAUUUUUAACCAACUUCAAAAAAAGGAGGAGGUUAUAUUUAAUCCAAAUUUAAUUGCGUUAUUUCAAAUGUUCAAAGUACGUACUAUGGAGUACUUAUCAGUGGCGAAAGGAGAAAUUUUCCGUAAGGAAACCCGACAUAACAUAUAGGUACUAAUAUGCAUGAAUGUAAACUGCAAAUCGUUCUAAUGAUAAUUAGAUUCUACAUAGAAAGAGGCGAUAGCCUAGUUGGGUGUGGAACGGACUGCCGAGACGAAUGUCCGCAGGUUCAAAUCCCAAGGGCACACACCUCUGACUUUUCUGAAAAAUCAUAUUGUGUGUAUUCUUUGUGAAUAUAUCGUUCGCUUAAACGGUGAAGGAAAACAUCGUGAGGAAACCUGCACAUCUGAGAAGUUCUCUAUAUGAAUUUCGAAGGUGUGUGAAGUCUACCAAUCCGCACUAGGCCAGCGUGGUGGACUAAGGCCUAAUCCCUCUCAGUAGUAGGGGAGGCCCGUGCAGUGGGACAGUAUAUAAUACAGGGCUGAUAUUAUUUUAUUUAUUAUUUAUAGAAAGAGGAAAAGAAAGAAAGAAACAUUUAUUUGCGAUAUCCUGGGACACACACAAACAUUUAUAACGAGGUACAAAAAAAAAUAUACGACAAAAAUACAGAGGGUUCGGGCAACGCGCAUCCAUCAUACUGCCGAAAAGGUUGCGAGGUGUACCAAGCGCUGUUUUCAACUGGAACCUAAAUUCUACAUAAAGGGAAGCCAGCGAGAAUCGGGUUAUAUAGACCUUCGCCACUGAUAGGUAGGUACUUAUAUAAAUUGUGAAAAGUAUAAAAUCAUUAAACAUUCGAUCGUGUGGGAAUAGUAGUAAACACCGCGUUCCUUUACACCAAUCUUUUGGUCAAUUAUAACAUUCCACAGGGUGUGACAAUUAUUUACAUUAUACAUAUCCGCCUUGCUUCCCUUACGUUCUUAUUAAAAAAAA